AAAACUGUUGAUUUUCGAUUAUGUACUGGCUAGUAUUUAUGCUGUCAACCCAUUGCAUCUAUCAACAUUUUGUUAUCAGUUAUCAAAUUCUUUAUAAGUUUUGUUCUUUAAGUUCAAAAUUAUACUAGUACAUUCAAUAACAUCUGUAACAACACUUAUGGUACAAAACCAUCAAAUGGCUCCCCACCACUUGGACCAGGUUCGUCGACGACUCUUCGUAGACGAACCGUCGGAAAUAGAAUCAGAAAAUCAAAACCUGAUGCCUAAUCUUAAUAACGACAUUAAUAGACUGACAAAGCAAAUGACUGAAAACGCAAAGCUUAAAUGGAAUUUCGAUUUCGCCACGGAAACUCCUUUGGAAGGCGAGUGGGAAUGGGAGAAGGUAACAUCGGAAGAAAAAUCGCCACAAACUUUAAAUAAUCAGGCGAAGCAGUAACGUCAGAUCAAAUCAUGCCUUUUGGAGACUGAUUGUCGGGAGUAUUAAUUAUUUAUAUAUUUUUUAGUCAGAUGGUUGCAAUAUAUUUUUUGUGUAUACUAACAUAUUACCUAGUCUAGAUUUAGUAGAAGAAAUACGGCUACUUACCAAAAAUGAUGUAAAUAUAAUAGAAUAUAGAGAACUUGUAUUAUUUUUAUAUUUAUUAAUUUAAUUAAUAUAAAGUAUUUAUUUAUCAAAUAAAAUUUUUAGUGACAAAUCUA